AUGGCAAAGACUAAAGUACAAAUCAGUUGUGUUGCACCUGCAUUGGCUGGAAAUUACAGUGGGGUGAUCUGGUAUGACGGAUAUCUCGCUCGGAUGAUUGAUUAUUCAUCGAACGUUGUCCUCAACUCGGUCUUGGCUUCAACUUCAGAUGGGAAAUCGUACUCUUCACAGUUUGAAGUGUCUAUAGACGCGAGCUCCAACUCUGCGAGUCUUCGCGUGGUGUUCUCUCAGAUUCUUCCAAAGAGCAUGUAUGUUCUUUCAAUAUUGGGAUCUUAUGGCUUGAAUGGGCAACAUUUCCAGAUCGAUCUUCAAUUUGAAGUAUCAGCUGCUCCAUAUAUCGGAUACAUCUUUCCAUCUUCUGGCCCUGUCCUUACCAGCACUUCCGUUGAUAUGAUUCUUUACAACGCAGAAAAUUUUCUGAGAUCUCAGCUCUACAUUCGAUUUCUAGGUCAGGUCCUCCGACCCAAUUCAGUCCAACAAGCAAGCAUGAAUGCAAGCAUUCUUUACAUAUCAUUUAACACUCCAAGCAUUGAAACGAUCGGCAUCGUGACUUUUUGCAUUACCAAGGACCAGAAUACUUGUGAAGAUGUAUAUUCCUCGUUCCAAACUACUCCCCCAACCCCUUCCCUCUCACGACGAGCCUCAUCGACGGGAGGGACUGAGAUCCAGGUAGUUUUCUAUGGCACAACCGACAGUGUCCUAGUUUAUGCAUACGUGCCAUCACAAUCUUCUGGACUCAAGCGAACACAAUUGACCUCUCAGCGCAUAUCAAGUUGUACAUCCUCAAACAUCUGCUUCCAGACUUUGAAGAUAGUCACCUUGCCAUACACGAGUGGUUCUACUAUGUUAGCUGAAAUCGUGAAUGGUGAUAAUCGGCAGAACUUCACAAUCUCCUACUUUGUUAAACCCGGGGUUUUGUCGAUUCGGCCCACAUCAGCAACAAUCAAGGGAGGGGAUAUCAUUGAAGUGUCUUUGCAGAAUUUUCCCAUCAUAUCCACUGCUCUUGAUGUUCAAGUUUACUUGCGCAAUGUUCCUUCCAAGGUAUCGAGUGUGAAUGGGUAUAAUAGUUUCAGUUUAAUCGUUCCAAGAUCAGAUCUCGCGACGGAUACGCAAAUCUCCAUUGUUCCUUCGAUAUCUCUCGCCUCGGGCGAAUUGUUGGAUAUGACCGUUCAAGUUCCAUUCUCGUACACAUCUCCUGUCGCAAGAGUUCUGAGCUUGUCCCCAUCGCGAGGUUCGAUGGAGGGUGGCACGGUUGUGAGAUUAACAAUUUCACACUACCCCAAACAAUUGAGAACAACUGAUAUCACUAUAAGCUUUGGGUUGAGUCAAAAAGCCGCUGUUUCCAGCAUUGUCUACUCCGAUGCAAGUUCUGGAGAAACUAUCCUUGAGGCAAUCAUGCCGGCUCUUACAUUUGGUAUGCAGCAGGCAACUGUAGCAGUCAAUGAUGGAUAUCAGUCAUCAACAUUUUUGACAUAUGAGUCAUUUGAUUCUAGCAUUCGUACUACGUGCAACCGAACUGGAAUGUCAAGUUUGGACCAGAAAAUAAAGAUUGAUGGGGAUUGCUCAGGUGGGAUAGAUGGAAAGGAUAUUCUGCUCUUAUCAGUGACCAACCUUGGAAUCAUAACCAGCUCUGAUCAAGUUGCAAUUCAAUUUGGAACCGAAUAUGCGACGGCUUCUGCACUGGUGAAUUCAACAGUACAGAAGACGUACUUGCUUGUUCUCGUACCGAGUACGAACAUGUAUAGGAAAUCUACAUUAGUAGAUUUGACUAUCACUAACAUCUUGAGCACAAAACGACAAGGAAUUCUUAAAUUUCGCUAUGUUGCUGCUCCAAGCUUGACGACAGCUGUUUUCAAUGCGUUUGGAUCAUCCAUCUCAAUUUCGUUCUCUGAUCGAACAAAUAUCUUCUCCUUGGAAGCGUCCAAGCGAUCCGAUUGUAAUGUGUUCCUUGAUACCUCGACGAUUGACAACAUAGGAAAAUCUGCUUCAUGUGCAUGGACUGAUGAAAUGACACUGAGCAUUAUCUUGUCGUAUGGUGCAAGCAUUGUUCCAAGUGAUAGAAUCUCGAUCAAUCCCCAGGUUUUGAAAGACAGCAGCAACCUCGGACCAUACUGCAGUGGUCAAGUACAGGUUGUAGCUCCCAUAGGUCUGAAGAAACCUGUCUUUCAAUUGGUGGGUCCUCAAAAGGUUGGGCCCUGUGACACUGUUGAAAUCAUGGCGCUAGGAUCUUUCGCCAGACCCCUUAUAUUUACUUGGAAGUGUCUAAAAUGUCAGCAGGUGACUCAGACGAAGUUGUCCCUCACCUCUGCCGAUAGGAUACUGCUGUCAAGCUCUGAUUUUGUGGAUGCAGCGGGGACUUAUGAAGUUCAGGUCUACGGAAUCAACUUCCUUGGGGCAGUGAGUGAAACUCUUGCCUUGCAAUUUGAAAAGACUUCUCUCCCCGUUCCGGUGGUGAGCCUCUCAGGGUUCGGCUCGUUUUCAAAGUUCGACGACGUCAUAUUUGAAGCUAAGACAGCGUUUUCAAGUUGCAGCCAGGAAAUGGAGCUCCAAUUCCAAUGGACCCAACUUCAGUUGGAAGGCCAAAUCACAAACAAUCAUAUCCCAAAUAGUGCACUUGGUCGUAAUUCACCAACGUUCUUCCUUCCUAAGGGCACACUCAGUAUUCCUGGACCAUACUCUCUACGACUGCUGGUGAUCUUGCCAACCAACCCACCUGCAAUCACGAGCGCGGACGUGUCGUUCCACCUGAUGGCGUCGGAUCUGGUUGCUGUGAUUCGAAAUGGCGAUUCCAAACUUGGGCGAGGGAGCUCACAUCUGUAUCUCGAUGGAAGCGGCUCCUACGACCCUGACGUCCCAGCUGGUGCUUCGGAUCCUAAUCUUCAGUUCCAGUGGUCCUGUCAAGUGUCUGGCAUGAUAUGCAGGGACAGAGUCAGUAACGUACCUUUCACAUUCCCCAAUCAACCAGGGCUAAGCAUGUACACCGAGGGGUUUGAUGUCAACGUGAACUAUCAAUUCACAUUGGAAGUCAGCAAGGACUCAAGGACAGCGACGAGCAGCGUGGUCAUGGUGUUCGUGGAGGAAUAUGUUCCAGCCACUUCGAUCACAUCCCUCUCAACCAUCUUGGUCAAAGGGAAGAAUUACCUGAAUCCAGAUCAAAUCAUGAAUCUCCUUGAAACGUCUUGUACGUCUUGCACCUCGUUUUCAUGGGAGUUGCAAGAUCAAGAAAACAUUUUCACUCUAUCCGGAACUGCCAAUGCAAUCUUUAUUCCACCGUCAGUAUUUCUGGAAGGUCGAAAGUAUACAAUUGUUGUGAACAGCUAUCAGGAACCCCAAGGGAAUCAAUUCUGCAACGGACUAUGCAAAGGCUCGGCAUUCUUCGAUUUCGUGAUAAACCGCGCGCCUUCUGGAGGAACCUGCACAGUGAAUCCAACAGUUGGAUAUGAAGUGCAGACAAGGUUUCGAGUUGAGUGUGGAAGCUUCUCUGAUUCAGACGUUCCACUCACGUUUCAAUUCAGCUAUCAAAUAAGCAGCAGCUCAGAGUCGCCCUCAUUUGCGCCAUCACAAACGCCUAUUCGUGACCUCUACUUGCCUUCAGGCCAAGCAAACAUCACCGUCAUUGUUAUUGACAGCCUUGGUGCUCAGUCUUUGUACAAGAUCAAUACAAUAUCUGUACUCCCAAUAUCAACUAUCGCUCCAAACGACGCUCAAGCCGCGCUGGAUACAUUUAUUCAACUUGGAAAGACCUCUGAUUUUAGUAAUUUCGCAGUUUCCUUGACGCAAAAAUUAUCCCGAGAGAGUCAAUCCACAGGAUCUCGCCGUUCGCUCUUUUCUUUAUCUGAUAAUGUGCAAAUUAGGAGUAACACGAUCGUGUCACUCUUUACAAUCAUUGCAAAACAAGCUCCAACUGCAGGAAAUGUUCUGGAGACAUUGAGUACUUUGACAUUUCUCGUGAAUAGUACAGAAGGUUUGACUAUGGAAGCGACGAUCGCUGCAGUUGGUGUCAUCUACAACACUACAAGUUUGAUUCCUCAAGUGAUAGGUCCAGACUUUAGUGAUACAGACUUGCGUAACGUCCUGUUCACGGUCUCAGUGAUUGAAUCGUUGAUCUUUCAGCAAAUAGGAUUGACCAGCUCUCAAGAGAUCACGUUACUGCAAUUACUCAAGGAAACCAUUCGUAUUGCUGUAUCGUAUUCCACCUAUGACUUUGUUGAUCCAACACAGAACCUUUUGUGCAACUCUAUUUGCAUGUCAACAGACACUCAAAUUGUGGUGUAUAAGCAGAAGUUCGCUCAAGGAAAGCAAGUGGUGGCGAGCUCGGUGCCAUAUCAAUUUUCUACAGUGAACAUUUCCGAUAGUGACUCUUCAUUGAACUCUGUCAGAGAUGUUCUGCUCGUUUAUUUCUAUCUGUGGAGAAAUCCUUUCAACGUGCAAGCAGAAAAUUUUAUUUCGGACAUGUACAGCUUUGCAGUUGUGAUGGGCGAGUUACUGGUCAAGAACAAUGUGAUGAUGGAAACAAGAACAGCGACGAUGGAUGCAGUCCCGAUUGUCGUCAAGAACAAUCUUUCACAUGUGAAGCAGGAAACAGUGUACUUGCAAGCCGAUGUACUCCACUCAAAACAAAAGUCUUGGGGCUUGUUGGUUGUGCCUGAGAUGGCAUUUGAAGGCAUCAUCGACAUCUCUGCAUUCCUGUAUGACCAGGUCCCGUUGGCACAAACUUCAGAACGCGGUCCAACUAUCGUUCUUGGCCCAGCAGGAACAACUUUGGUAAAGCCCUUAACCUUGUCAUUGGAUGUAUCGUCAUUUCCUGAGGAGCAGAGCGGUUCCAAAGAACCCUCCGCCAUCAACAACUCCGGAGACAUCUGCAAAUGCAAGCGCCUUGAUUCCAACUUCCUCCGAACAGGUCAGAAUUCUGCACUUGUUGGAGCCGGAGUAGAUAGCCAGGAAGAUUCAGCCAAGAAGGACGUCGACGUCAGCGAGAAGCAAGAGCAGCAGCAGCAGCCGGCUGCGCAAGAGCAGCAGAAGCCAGCAGCAUCAGCCUGGGUGGAGGGCAGUGAGAAGCAAGAGCCAGCGGGACCAGCCCGGGUCGAUGUCAGUGGACAGCACCAGCAGCACCAGCAGCUGUCACAACUACCAGCCCAGGUCGACAUCAGCGAGAGCCAGCAGCAGCAGCAGCCGGCUGCGGUACCAGCCCGGGUCGAGAUCGAUGAGCAGCAGGAGCCAGCGGUACCAGCCCAGGUCGACGUCAGCGAGAGCCAGCAGCAACCAGCGCAGCAGCAGCAGCCGGCCCAGGUCGACGUCGGCGAGAAGCAAGAGCAGCAGCAGCAGCAGCAGCUGUCACAACUACCAGCCCGGAUCGACGUCAGCGAGAGCCAGCAACCAGCAGUACAAGCCCAGGUCGACGUCAGCGAGAACCAGCAGCAACCAACACAGCAGCAGCAGCAGCAGCUGUCACAACUACCACCAGCCCGGAUCGGCGUCAGCGAGAAGCAAGAGCAGCAGAAGCCAGCAGCAUCAGCCUGGGUGGAGGGCACAAAGCUGAUCGAAGAGCACAACCGGAAAGUUUUGGAAGUAACCAAGCCAGUACCAACAAACAAAUUGAACUUCACGUUUGGAAAUCAAGACGAAACGAUUUCUGAAGUAGAAUCAUUGAAAGACUUGAAGCAACAAGGCGAAAAGCAAUCACUGAAAGAGCAAAGCGGCAAGGAGGAGAUAAAAGAUGUCAAAGACGUUAUUCAGACUGUUGCAGCGACUAGUUCCAAGGAUACCGCAGGAGCAAAAAGUCUCGCGGAACAAGCAGCUUCCGAGCAAAAGACUGAGGUAAGGCUACUGCCGUCAGAACUAGGGAACCCCGAACUACUUGAGGAGAGAUUCCUUAUCAAAGAUGACGAGGAGUACAAGAAGGUGGCAGCGCAGAAGCUGCGGCAGUUGAGAGAAGAAGGCGUCUUGAGCGGUGCUUCGGCUCAGUUUGCGUACUACUCUGGUCCAAAAACUCUUGAAGCAUCACACGACUCGCAUGCAGCGGAUGAGACUCUAAAGAGACAGAAGAAGUUCCAGACGAUGAAGAAAGUGUUUGAGCACGUCAGGAAAUAA